AUGUCUAAACUUUUAGUCGUGUUCGCUUUCUGCUGCAUUUUGGUGACCCAGAUCCUGGCUCAGGAUUCCUCGGGUCGCCGAUUCUGUGACCGCCUAUAUGACGAUUGCCGUCGCGAGGAGGCCACCGUGGGAACUCAAGAUGAUACCGUUGGGUUCUUUAACGCCUAUUGCGGCCGACACGAUCGCAAUUGGAAAAAGCUAACCAGAUGUCAACUAGUCCGCGCUUCCUGUAUAUUGACAAUGGUUCGAUGUGAUAAUGGGUCCUGCAAAAAUGUGGCCGAAAGCCUACGGCCUUAA